AGGGAGGCACAGUUGUCUGUUGCGGGCAUUCAGAUGCCUUCAUGGUCCGGUCAGCCACAGACCAGGCCACCUGGGCCUCAUUGGGGAGCUGGGCCGUCUGGGCCUUAUCAGGGAGCUGGGCCAUCCGGGCCUUAUCAGGGGGAGGGGUCAUCUCGGCCUUCCCGAGGAGCCGGGCCAUCUAGGCCUUUUCGAGGAGCUCGAGGGGGGCCUGUCCGCAGACGCAGGGCUCAUGUUGUGGAGGUGGAGUCUGAUGAGGAGGAGGAGGAGGAGGCUACCGACCGUCAGUCAGAGACAUCUGCUGAGGAGGGAGGCUCCGGUUUUGGCUCGGGGAACAGAGGCGAGGCUGAGGAGGAUCCUGAGGACGACAGCUCCGACUCUGAUGAUGGUGUGGAGGUUGUUCCACAAAAGAGGACCAGGCGUGCUUCUCGUUCCCGUUCCCGAGGAUUUUGAUGUUGCUAUUUCCUGCUUUAUUUUUCUUUUACUAGUAGUUUGUAGCACUUUGCACAUUGUUAGGCAGUUUUGUUUUUGUAAAACCUGUACCUUUUGUUUGUUGUAAAGCAUGAUGAAAUGAAAUAGCUUUUGAAAAGGUGUUUGUAUUUUGAACUUU